AGCAGUGUAGACACAACAGACCCUGACGACGCCGAGGCGGAUAAAUGGGCCUCGGUCCCGGCGAGCUGAUGAGUACAAGAGGCAAGGAACUAUGGUCAGCAGAGUGUUAUAAAGCCGAAACUUGGCCCACACGUUCUCACAAAGGACCACUGCAAAAUGUGUUCAAGAGGUUCCGACCCGAUUUAAAAUAUUAUUGCAGAGUGUGUUGACUUCAUUUAGAAAUAUCUUGCACUACAAGUGAAGCAUUAUGGCCCCCAUGCAGUCACGUCAACAGAAGACUGAGGAAUCAAAACUGUCUAUCUGCCAUGACCAGGAAAAGGGACAGUUUUCAAAUUUAAGCAAGCUCCUGAAACAUCUCCGCGGAAACGUGUUGCUGAUAGCAACAAUUCUAUCAGUGUUUCUUGGGGUGACUAUUGGGCUUCUGUGUCGGCAAUUCAAGCCCUCAGCAGACACCAUUGCCUUGGUGGAGUUUCCCGGAGAAAUAUUCAUGAGGAUGUUGAAGAUGUUGAUGGUGCCCCUGAUAGUAUCAAGCAUGAUUACAGGUGUUGCGGGCAUGGACAGGCAAACGUCAGGUAAGAUGGGACUUUUCACAAUCGGGUAUUACAUUUCCACCACUGUCAUUGCCAUCAUCUUAGGAUUUGUCCUUGCGUUCUCCAUCAAACCUGGAAAUAUCGACUUCACCUCAGCGAACGUCCGCACUUCUGAAGACGUUCGUCAACCAUCUUCGAGGGAUGUUUUCUUGGACCUUGUGAGGAACCUUUUCCCCGAUAAUCUAGUGCGUGCAGCAUUCCAAAGUAGUGGUACAGUUUAUACACAGAAAGAGACAUCACAGGAAAAUAUAGACGGAAACGAAACAGUCCCUUACACCAUUGGAGCUGAUGUAUCAACAAACGUAACACAUGAAAUGGAGACGCAUGAAAAACAUGAAAACAGUCUAACGUGGGUGGGUAAACUUGCGUACAAGCCUGGAGUAAACACUAUCGGCCUGUUGGUAUACUGCUGUGUGUUUGGAGCCAUACUCGGGAAAAUGGGCAAAAGCGGCAAAGUUCUCCUUAAAUUCUUCAGUGGUGUUGCCAUGAUCACAAUGAACAUGGUCAGCAAAGCAAUGUUGUACUCGCCAAUCGGAAUACUCGCUCUGAUAGCUGGGAAGAUUCUGGGUGUAAAAGAUCUGGCGGUGACUGCUCAACACCUUGGGAUGUACAUGGUCACUGGCCUGAUUGGUCUCUUUAUCCACGCUGUUAUUGUAAUCCCGCUGAUAUAUUACAUUCUAACAAGGAAGAAUCCAUUCAGAGUGACCCUAGGAAUACUUCAAGCUCUUAUCACUGCUUUUGGAACUGACUCAAGUUCAGCUACACUCCCUGUGACAAUACGCUGUUGUGAAGAGAAGUUAAAGAUUGACAAGACAAUCACCCGCUUCAUGCUGCCAAUUGGAGCUACCAUUAAUAUGGAUGGGGGAGCAUUGUUCCAAGUCAUCACUCCUCUCUAUUUAGCUCAGCUCAGCAAGAUCAACCUAGAUUUUACACAGAUGCUAACAUUAGGUCUUGCAGCAACUCUGGCCAGUAUUGGGGCAGCAGGAUUACCGGGCAUAGGACUCAUCAUCACAAUGAUGGUCAUGUCUUCCGUGGGACUACCCAUUAACAACCUGUUCAUGAUACUGGCUGUCGAUUGGUGUUUAGGCCGCAUGAGAACAAUGACAAAUGUUAGUGGUGACUGUAUGGCAGCUUCAAUUCUCCAGCAUAUUUUCAAACCUGGCGCGGGACGGGAUGUACCCAACAAGAAUGAUGGAAACGGAGCAGCGCCAGAAGACGCCGCGAGAAUGAUGGAAGACCAUGAUGUUGUCUGAAAAACAGAAGACCCUUCCAUGGAUUUCAAUACAAAUGCGUAAAAUCAUCUUCUGGUGUCGUGACGAAAGACAUUACAAUAAUUUCUUAAAAUUGAAACGCAGUGUCAGUAUUGGCAGUCCACUCUCCCUUGUCGAGCCCUUGCUCUAUGGGUUAUACAACCAUAUGGUGAAUGAAACCUCUCACCUCUCCUGUCCUUCAAGAGCUGAUUCCGUUGAGUGGGUUCCAGCGCUGUGUUGAAAGUUGAAUUGUAUUUCUUUACAUGAAAUAAAUCAAUGUGUCUCAAUAGUU